GUGAAAGAUUUUUGCGUUUUGCGAUAUAACUUUGUAUUUCGGAAGAUGGUGUAAUAAAAUUAUUCGUAAAUAAUAUUUGAUCUAAAUUAAUCCAAGUUACAUUUAACACCUGGCUUUUGGUUUACAUGAAUCAUAUUUUGGGAAAAAUCGCAGGUCGCGAAAAUGCUUUAAUUAAAGUAAAUUGAAGCAGGGCACGUCUGUAAAAAUUAAAGAUCGUUGCAGUUAGUUUAUCUCGGAAUGUCACCAGUCGGCACAAAUAAUUAUUGUUAUACGCUAACUAGAUAAUAAAGCGGGAAAACGCAAAAAUGGUGCAAUAACGACUUUUCGCCGUAAUGUGUUCAUCGCCGUCAUCUUGUCAUUAUGUUGUGAAUACGCCGGGUGAGAUUACCGUAUUUCAUGUUUACCGAUUUUGCGGGUUCUUUACGAGAAAACACAAGUAUAAUUAAACGAAAGAGAUUUCCACGCGAGAGAAAACGCUCGUCUUUGAUUAAUAAAUUAGAAACAGGAAAUACAAAAAUUUCCAUGCUAGAGAAAACAAUUGACGCAUGGCGCCGGGGAGGCGGAAACCGAAUCCUGUUAUCGGAUCCUGUUGGAUUCGAAUCCUCUGGAUUCGGUAUUCUAUAUUGCCCAUCCCUACUUGCUGAUGACUUUUACAAUUUGAAAUCGUAUUUUGUAAAUAUACAAAACUCCAAAUUGUGCUGCGUAUAUCAGUAUUUGUUUGAAUUUAUGUCGUCUCUCAAGUUUAACAUGGGAGCAUAUUUUUGCAUCAAAUAUUUGACAGCUUUAAAAAAUCACUUGUGGAGAAAUAUCUAGAAGAGUGUAUUAACCUGACUUACAAAAUAAUUGUUUUAAUUCAGCCUUUUUCUUCCUCUUUCCAGGAUUAAAUUUAUCAAGAUACCCGGAUUUCAAGGCAGUUUAGGAUGACAAGCGUUUCCUCUCCUGUCUUGCUGAUUACAAAGGCUAAAUAAAUAAAGUUUUAUAAUACCAAAUACAGAUAAUUUAGUUAACCCUUUCCAUGUAUAUACAUAAUGUAGUUUCUAUUUAUACUCAAUGGUGGAUGUAACAAAAUAACCAAACAUGACACUGAAGCUCCUUGAAGAUUAAUUGACUACCAACUACAAACAAAUGCAGCAAAUUAUAGAAAUAUGGAGACCCUCACUGCGAAAAAAUUUCAUGUUUGUGAACAUUGCGGAAGGUCAUUUAGAACUAAAAGUCAUUUAGUAAUACAUACAAGAGGCCAUACAGGAGAGAAACCCUUUGUCUGUGAGUUUUGUGGGAAGUCUUUUGCAAAGUUAGAGCAUUUAACGGUUCAUGAGAGAAUUCACACAGGAAUGAAGCCAUAUACUUGCAAUUUUUGCGGGAAGUGUUUUGCCCAAUCUGGAAGUUUGCAAAAGCAUACCCAAACACAUACCAAUGAAAAACCAUGUACUUGUGAACAAUGCGGAAAAUCUUUUGCUCAAAGUGGGUAUUUGAAAAGACAUAUUUUAGUACACACUGGAGAAAAACCUCAUACUUGUAAACAUUGCGGAAAAUGUUAUUCAAGGAGAGACGCUUUGAAAAAUCAUCUAGUACUUCACACUGGAGAAAAACCUUACUCUUGUAAACAGUGUGGAAAAUCUUUCACAACGUUGGGGUAUUUGAAAGUUCAUGUGCGAAUCCACAAAAGCAAGAAACCAUAUGCUUGUAAAUAUUGUGGGAAGCAUUUUGCCAUGCCCGGAUAUUUGACGAGGCAUAAUAAAAUUCACACCGAGGAAAAACCAUUUACUUGUGAGCAUUGCGGAAAAGGUUUUAAACGGAGUAGCCAUUUGAAAGAACACAUCUAUAUUCACACUGGAGAAAAACCUUAUGCCUGUAAACAGUGUGAAAAGUGUUUUAAAACGUCCAGUCAAUUGAAAGGUCAUGUGCGAAUUCACUCAGGAAUCAAGCCAUAUGAAUGCAAAUCCUGUGGGAAAUGUUUUACCCUGAGCGGAGAUUUGGCAAAGCAUAUGCGAAUUCACAGUGGUCUAAAACCAUUCAAAUGUCAGCAUUGCGGGAAAUGUUUUGCAAGGAAUUGGCAUUUAAAAGAACAUAUCUUCAGUCACAUGGCAGAAAAACCUCAUGUCUGUAAUCAGUGUGAAAAGUGUUAUAAAACGUCCACUCAAUUAAAGGCUCAUGCACUAACCCACACAGGAAUCAAGCCACAUAAAUGCCAAACAUGUGGAAAGUGUUUCACCAUGGCUUGGGAUUUGAAGAAGCAUACACGAAUUCACACUGGGGAAAGACCUUUCACUUGUAAGCAUUGCGGGAAAAGUUUCAUGAGGAGUAAUCAUUUAAAACAACACACCUUGACGCACAUUGAAGAACGACCACAUCCCUGUAAACAUUGUGCGAAGUGUUUUAAAACGUCCAGUGCAUUAAAGGCUCAUCAAGUGCGAAUGCACACAAAAACCCUAGCCGAAGAUUCCGAAUCUACACUUGAAAAAACCGUUCACUCCUGAACAUUAAAAGUGAAUGAACAUCAAAAAUGAUUUUCGGACCCCGCGGAAAUAAUUAUGUCAUUCUGUGAUACAAAAUGUUUGCUCAAUUACCUCUAAUUACUAGCAAAAUAUUUAUUUAAAGCAAGUCACAAUAGAUUUUUACAUUGGUGUGUUAACGUUGUAGAUUUAACUAGAUAUAUGUUUGAGCAUGGAACGGAAAAAUGCAUUCGCACCUCAUUCUAGGAUUUUCGGAUUGUUUGUUUACAUGCUGCAUCACACGCACAGCGAAUAUUUAAUUCACUGUUUUAUUUUUGAAAUAAUUGCACGCAACCUGAAUACCAAAUGAAACGCCUGAGUAAUGACCGCCGUUAAUAUUCAUGUUUAUUUGUUUGUGACUUGUUUUCUUUUUUCUUUGGUAAGUGAACGCGUUCAAUACGUUUUAAACCUAUUUUAUUAGAAUUUGUUCACUUUCCAGAUUAUUCGCCUUAAUCUUUUGUGUAUAUAUGUUUUUUUUUGUUUUUACGAAUGAAUCGAAAUAAAAUCUCAUCUUAUUUAUUAUCUCACUGAUCAACAUCAUUUUUGUUCACGGAAUUUUAUGAUCAUUUUGUGUGCCUUGAAUAAUAACUUAUUAUUUUUUGUUCAUUAUAAUUUGUAUUUAUUGUUUUAGGAUAAGUUAUUUCUAUUAUUGGAAGCUUCAAGAAAACAAAAUAUAUAUGCAAUAUAAUGAAAUGAUAAAUACAAUAUUUAAAAUUUGUCAAAAUAGUUGGAAAGAUUUCCCGCACGAAUAUGUGCGUCGUUCUACUUUGCACUACAUUCAUUGCGCAUUG